CACAAAGCGAAGUACGAGCAAACCAGCGAAGCACGAACCAAGCCUUUUACAAUGUUUGGACCAUUGAAUUUAUUUACACGAGCCAUAUGUAUGUUGCUGGUUAUCAUCAUUGCUGUUAUUACGGUCUUUGCUGCUGCUUCUCCAAGCGUAGCAUGUCCACCCAAAAAUGAAGAAAAAGUUACUCUACUACCAAAUCCGGAUAACUGUAAAACUUUUUACUUGUGUAACGAGGGCGUACCCAUUUUGUUGGAGUGUCCUGUCGGACUUGGAUUCAACCCAAAAUUGAAAGUAUGCGACUAUCUGGAAAAUAUAAAUUGCGAAGUUGUACUUACUUCUUCACCACCUACUGCACCAACGCCUGCAACUACCUCUACCACAUAUUAACACAUUCAGUUAUAAAUAAUACAUGUGUAAAAAAGGUAUAAUAUGAGAAAUAAAUAUUAAUUAUUAA